AUGCCUCUGGACAAGUCUCGCGUAGAAAGGCCGCCCGGCCGCCCGCCUCGCAGAACCAUCCAAUGCAUGUCGGCUAGUAAACGCAGGUCAUCUGCCUCCGGUGUGGACGACAGCGACGACGACGAAUCGGAUCACGACGACGACGACACGACGACCAAUGGAAGAUCUCUGUCGCAUGGCCCGAAUGCGUUAUCCCACCUUCCUGCAGCAAGCCGAUGGAUCAAUCGAGGGCAAAUAUUCCCAGAUACGCUGCCUCUCCCAGAUGACCUUCGGCAGCUCUGCGCUGCAAUUUUGACAAUCCCAGACGGCAUGCUCACGUCGUUACUGCCUCGCGACGAUAUUUCGGUCGCAUCACUAAUCAAUCAUCGUCUCCCACAAAUUGCAAUGUGGCCAUUCGACCAAAGUAUACAGUUCGAUGAAGACCUCCCUACUGCAACGGUCGACCCUCAGGGACAAAUACCUCCUGUGCCAUACAUCGAACGCCUUGGUAAUGAGUUUGGGCAAGCGCUCCUUGACGGGAAGCGCUCGAUACGUGAUCCGCGCAACCUAAAUACUCUGCUCCCUCUGUGGGUUAUCGAAUUUUGGUGGGCGCUGCACUCCGCGCACGAACACAAGACGCAUUGGGUGAAGGCAGCGCGUUGGAUACGGGAGAAGCAGAAGACGGGAAGAGACUUAGAGCUGUUCAGAGAGGCAGAGACGCUGCUCCGCCUUCUUCCCUGGAACAGGUCGCUUCGUGGGCCAGCUGCGACCAGUCGCAGAACCACAAACCACCUACGUUUAUUUUUGUCAGAUCACCGCUGUUUGUCCGAGACUCUUGUCGAUCUGAUGACAGCCUCUCUUGUCUCUUUCCUGCCUGUGCAACGCCAUGACGUUAUCAUCGCAAACACCAGCUUCGGCGAUGCGAUCUGCAGGGCAAAGCAUAUCUCCUAUCACAAUCGGCCGCACCGCCAUCUCCAGGAAAUUGAAGAUGAUGCAAAGAAACACAGAUAUCUUUAUGCUACAGUGCACGUACCCACGCUGGAUCAUUUUAUUGCCUUUGCGAUUGAUUUUGAAACAAAGUCCUUUAAAUACGGCGACUCUCUUUAUUCAAAAAAUGCCCCGUCUGAUAUCAUCCAGAAGCUCCAAUGGUGGUUCUGCAAACGCUUCGGUGGAGAAUUUCGCAACGACGGAGGUGUCUUACCGCACGGUGUCCAGAAGGACACAUGCUGUUGUGCGCUGUUCGCGAUCAACACUGUCGCGCAUAACGUCCUUGGACACACGCUCGGCGUCCCCCAUCCUGCCUCUGAUCGAGCGAGAUGGUUUUCAGUAAUUGCGAGAAGCCAGAUCGAAGACCCACAAGUCGUACAGCGGGAGAUGGAGCAGCGACUCGAGGAAGAGAGGCAGGAGGAAGAACGUCAGGAGAAGGAGAGGAUGGAGCAAGUUAGGCUGGAGCAAGAGCGUCAAGAGAAAGAGACGACGGAGAAAGAACGCCAAGAGAAGGAGAGGCUCGAGCAAGAGCAGCGCCAAGAGAAAGAGAGGCUGGAGCAAGAACGCCAGGAGAAGGAGAGGAUGGAGCAAGUUAGGCUGGAGCAAGAGCGCCAGGAGAAGGCGAGGCUGGAGCAAGAACGCCAGGAGAAGGAUAGGCUGGAGCAAGAGCGCCAGGAGAAGGCGAGGCUGGAGCAAGAACGCCAGGAGAAGGAGAGGAUGGAGCAAGUUAGGCUGGAGCAAGAGCGCCAGGAGAAGGUGAGGCUGGAGCAAGAACGCCAGGAGAAUGAGAGGCUGGAGCAAGAGCGCUGGGAGCAAGAGAGGAUGGAGCAAGACGUUAUCAUGGCUGACGAUGCACAUGAAAACGACCAGCACAUGCAUGUCGAUGAGUACCGUCCACCUGCCAUGGCACAUUCCUCGCCACCUGAGCACGAGCUUGAGCCUGGCGAACUUGAGUCGUCUAUCCACAACCGCCCUCUUCUAUCGCAACACAAUGGCGCGACUGGCGAUCGUGGCAGACGACGCUCUCAUGACCGCCCUCAUCCUAUAGGGACUAUCCGCAUCGUCGACCCGUAUCUCCCCCUCGUAAUCGCAGCACACGGUCAUCCUACAGAGACUAUCCUUCCUCUCAACAGGACCGCAUUAUUCCUCCUCGUUACAGCCGAUCACGCUCUCCGGUUGGAUACCAACCGUCUGCGCGCUACCAGAGUCCUAGAAGGCGUCGCUCACCCUCCCCCUCUUAUCCGUCCUCAUCACGCCAUAACCUUCAAAGAACGGGUCCUCCAGCUCGCACAUCGUGCUAUCCUACUCCGCCUUCCCAACUCUCGGCUCCUGCUGAUGAAUCACCCCGUCGCUCAGACUGACAAGACUCGCUGGAUCAUCGCACGUACAAGCCAUCUUGUUCAGUUUGACAAACCGACUGCCGUGAACCUGUCGAUGAUCAACCACCCCUCCUACCGCUCCCUGCACGUCAUUUCUCGCGGCCGUUUAGUAGUCUCCAAGAGAACUGAAUUACGACUCCGUCUUUGGCGAGAUCAGUAUCCAGACGUACCCCUGUGGUUUUUCGCAGUUCGCUGUAUCUCAAGAGGACUCGAUUGGAGAGUCUUCGUCAGUUCAUACAAUCUCAUCGGUCCAAACCCCGCAUAUCAAAUCACUCCGCCUCCCUACAUUAGUGCCACGCAUCCGCCACUCGCCAACGACACCUUGCAGGAGUACGAAUAUCGCGUCCGAGCCCUCCUGCAACUUCCAUACGCCAGGCGCUUUCUCACAAUGGGCGGUAUAGUGUGGCGCGUCGCAUUGCACUACGGCCCCCCCAGCCUUUUUUCCGCUGCCCUGUCCGGUCCAUCCAUAGAUGCUUACAUGCAUCACCGUGUGGAUCGCGUUGGCUCAGAUAUCGAUGACACAGUGACCCCCGAUGCCGUCGCACUGCUGCUAGGCACCUCCCUCACGGGUCGCAGCGUAUGGCCUCCUCACGAUACUUUUGAAAGGUUCCAGAAGUGGCACGGAGAAUGGUCCGAGGGUUGGGAGGACUGGUUCAACAAGCGCAUCACCGCCCUAUAUAGGCCGUCGAUGCAGACACCGGCGCAGGCUUCAUUCCUCACCCGUAAAGCGUGGGUUGACAUGCACCGUAAACACACGAUAAUUGCAUUUCAAAGCUCUGGCACAGACGGAACAGACGCUCAGGCAGCACGGCUAUGCGAAGAGCUUUGCCAAGCGUAUCCAUCGAUGGAAUCAUAUAAUGCUUUACCUUAG